AAAAAAUUAGGUUUUAACUUGUAAGAGUUGUUAAAGAGUUACACAUUUCUUUGCUGAGUGCAGUCAAAACAGAGGAAGGCCGCCAGGGACACAUGGCAGACCCAGAGUCCUGGGGUGGGGGCCGGGGAGGCUCAGCAGAGCCCACACUUCCACGGGCCAGGCCCUGAGUGGAGCAUUUCAUGUCUUCAUUUAUGUUUUGAUUUGAAGGAAGAAAACAUCAAGGCGUGGGGUUGUUGAGAGAACCUUCGAGGAAGGGAAGAGGAUGAAGGCCCGUGCUCCCCCACCUCCUGGAAAGCCCGCCGCAAACACAGACAGUGAGCAGAAGCCUCCCCGAGGCGUGGCCCUCAGCCCACAGCAGAACCUGGUCCACAUGAAGGAGGCGCUGAGGGACAGCACUGUGGAUGUCACUGUGGUCCUGCCCAGUGGGCUGGAGAAACGGAGUGUGCUCAAUGGCAGCCAUGCAAUGAUGGACCUACUUGUAGAUCUUUGCCUUCAGAAUCACCUGAAUCCAUCUCACCAUGCCCUUGAGAUUCGGUCUUCGGAGACCCAACAGCCUUUGAGUUUUAAACCAAAUACUUUGGUUGGGACGCUGAAUGUGCACACUGUGUUUCUGAAAGAAAAAGUUCCUGAAGAGAAGGUUAAGCCUGGGCCACCCAAGAUGCCAGAGAAAUCUGUGCGUUUGGUAGUGAAUUACCUGCGGACACAAAAAGCUGUUGUGCGUGUGAGCCCGGAGGUACCUCUCCAGAAUAUUCUCCCAGUCAUUUGUGCGAAGUGUGAGGUCACUCCAGAGCACGUGGUUCUCCUGAGGGACAACAUUGCCGGAGAGGAGCUGGAACUGUCCAAAUCCCUGAGUGAGCUGGGGAUAAAGGAGCUGUACGCCUGGGACAACAGGAGAGAAACUUUUAGAAAAUCAUCACUUGGCAAUGAUGAGACAGAUAAAGAGAAGAAAAAAUUUCUGGGAUUUUUCAAAGUUAACAAAAGAAGCAGUAGUAAGGCUGAGCAGCUUGGGCUGUCGGUCGCAGACAGUGAUGAGGACAUUCCAAAGUCAGUGUCGGGAAGGGGUUUGAACGGCUGUUUGACGACCCCCAACUCCCCGUCCCUGCACUCGCAUUCCCUUACGCUGGGUCCAUCCUUGUCGCUGGGCAGCAUCUCGGGGGCCUCUGUGAAGUCGGAGAUGAAGAAACGCCGGGCCCCACCUCCUCCCGGUUCAGGACUACCUGUACAAGACAAGGCAUCGGAAAAGGUCUGUCUGGGGUCACAGGUUGAUUUACAGAAGAAGAAGCGGCGGGCUCCAGCUCCCCCUUCACCACAGCCACCUCCACCAAGUCCCCUGGUCCCCCGCCGCCUGGAGGACAAGGAGGAGCACAGGAAGAGUACAGUGGGUGGUGGACGGCAGGUGCCACAGAAGCCUCCCCGAGGCACUGCUCGUGGCCCCCCUCAGUUGGUGCUGCCCCCGCCCCCACCCUACCCUCCUCCUGACACAGACACAGGUGAGGCCGAGCUGCUCAGCUUUCCUGGGGAAGGUGCUGGUUCCAAGGCCUCAGACCCGAGACGCAGACUGAGCCUGCCCCUGGGACCCAGCAGCCACAGCAGCCCGGACGGAGCCCCACAGGUGCCGUCUGAGGCCGAGGAGACGGUGUCUGUCAGCAGCUGCUUCGCGUCAGAAGACACGACCGAGGACUCUGGAGUGAUGAGCUCCCCCUCCGAUAUUGUCUCUCUGGAUUCUCAACAUGACAGCGUGAAAUCCAAAGACAAGUGGGCCACAGACCAGGAGGACUGCAGUGACCAGGACCUUACUGGUACCCCGGAACUGGGUCCCCACAAGAGCCCCUCCUGGGAGAGGAACGGCUGUGAGGACCUGCAUCUGAGAACUGAAAAGGCUGCCACUGCCUCAAAGGAUGAUGAAGACCUGUUCACCGGACAGUUCCAUGAAACCCUUGCAGAGCUGGACGGGGACCUGGAAGAAAUGGAAGAGAAUUAUGAGACAGACACCAGCUCUCUGACCAGCUCCACGCCUGGCAUAUCCAGCCUCUGCUCACAAGAUGCCAUGAGCCCCAAAAGUGACAUAGACACCAUCCCAGUAACAUUCAUCGGGGAGGUUUCAGAUGAUCCUGUGGAUUUGGGGUCUUUUUCCAAUAAAAACAACAAUGCUGGUUCUUCUGACACAGAGGAUCCUGUGGGCAGGAGAGCCCAUCUGGUACCACCUCAGGCUGAGCCCAGCCAGCGCCAUGGGACAAGGGAGGACACAGCUGCCCGCUGCCCUCCCUCUCACGAUGUUGGAAGAGGAGCACAUUCAGGCUCAUCCACCACCUGCAUGGACAGGAACUCGAUGGAAAUGGGGCCCAAGGUGACUGUUUUUGCUUCGGAUACUCACAAAGAAGAUCUUGCAGACACAAAGAGGCGAGACCCUUGGCGUGGCUGUCCCUCCAGGGAGAAGACACAGGCUGUGGAGAAGGCCAACACCCAGUCCAGGAAUGAAAAGGGGGACAGGGACAAAGGUGCUGUCUCGGCACCCCCAUCCUGGUGUCAGCGAGGCCAAAACCCAGCUGGUAGUUACGGCCUUAAGUAUGGCCUCACAACUUAUAAAAUUGUUCCUCCAAAGUCAGAGAUGAGGUGUUACGACAGAGGUGUGUCCCUCUCCACAGGCGCCAUUGAGAUCGACGAGCUGGGGAACCUGGUGAGCCCCCCGGUCAGCAGAACCAUCGCCCUGCCGUCAGCCAGUCUUGAAGCAGAAACUCAACCCAUUGAGACAGUAAAGGAGUUCUGGAGGCGCAGCUCUGUGGAGAAGCCCUCGGCCCGUGGGCCUCCCAUCACCCCCACCCCUGCCAGGACGCAGCAGGUAGAGACUGAGCCCUAUGCAGACCCCACACCGGCACCAACCCCACACCUGUCUGCCCACCAAGAGAGUGGAGGUCACCUGGAGGAAGGGAGCAGUUGGCCGCCUAUGGCAGUCGCCUCUCACUCAAAAGUGCCGACAGCCCACGCCACAGAAAUCUCAUUUCUCAAGCCUCACAGAAGGACGUCCAGCCAGUAUGUGGCCUCUGCUAUUGCCAAGAGGAUAGGACUCCCGAAGGCCUACCCCAAUAUGGUGGGGUAUGAUCAUGCCCAGAAGGGUUAUGUAGGCAGGACGCCCACGCCGACCGGACAGCCUCUUGGUGGGAAGGGCAGUAUGGCCUCCAGCCUGCAUUCGGAGACACAAGGACGCAACAACAGUGCACAGCAGCCCUGCACCACCCAUCCCAAUAGCCAUGGGGAGGAGCCAGCAGUGGGAGCCCAUCCUGGAGGGGAGGUCAGCGGCCCACGUGGAAAGCUGUCUACUCAGGACUGUCCUGCUGGCGUCCACAAAAGCUCUAAUUUCCCACUGUUCACAUCUUCCCAGAGGGGUCAUGUUUCUGUGGGACAAAGCUGUGGUUUCAGUGGAAAGCAAAGCACAGUGAACCAGGAGACGGGCUCAGCAUGUGACCCUAAAUGUCCCCUGAACAGGACAGACCCACACCCUGCACACUCAGCAGACGCUCGGGCCCCAGGCAGAGUGCUGGUGAAUGGCUCUACGUGGACCCCUGGCAGCAGCAAACCUCCUCACUCUCCCGAAGAGUCUGGCACCAACAGCCACGUUAUUCUAGAAAAAGAGGAAAAGCCCAGUUUGUUCUCUAUAGAUGGACAUGGAGCAGAAAGUACUUUGUCGUCCAGCAUUUUUGGGCCAAAGAAAAAAUUCAGACCUGUUGUCCAGAGGCCAGUCCCAAAAGACACAUCCCUGCACACCUCCCUGAUGGAAGCCAUCCACUCCGCAGGCGGGAAGGACAGACUCCGCAAGACUUCAGAGCACGCCUUGGAGGGACGGCCGAAGAAGCCAUCCUAUGUAGAGGCAGAGAGUGAGCGGUCCGCGCUGCUGGCAGCCAUCCGCGGGCACAGCGGGGCCUGCAGCCUGAGGAAGGUGUCAUCCUUCGCUGCUGAGGAGCUCCGAAGCUUCCGAAAUGCCACGCUGUCUGCACAGAGCACGGAAAAUCCUCAGCAAAAAGAGGAUGUGCCCCCUUCACCCCCACCAGCCUCCCAGGCUCUGUCCACAUCUAGGACGGCUUCCAGGUUCAGCACGGGCACCCUCGGCAACCCAGUGGACGCCAGGCAAGCCUUGAUGGACGCCAUCCGCUCUGGCACAGGGGCCGCAAGAUUGAGAAAGGUGCCCUUGCUUGUAUGAGUCAGCAGCAGCCAGGGAAUUGCAGAACCCACCUGCAGGACAAGCACACUGGAGGAUUCCCGCGGCCAGGAACAUCAUCACAUCUGCCAUUGCCUUCUCAUGGACAGUCCAAGGGCAUGGGGUUGAUUUUCAGUGUGUUCGUGGAUACUGGUUCAAAGGGAGGGGAGAAUGCUGCUCUACUACGGCUCAUGUGCCAAGGAAAUGUGUUUUGCCUCUGAAUAUUUUAGGUUGCCAAUAAACUAUUCUUGUUGGCAGGUUGAUGGGAAUAUAAAUUCUGGAGCCCAGCACUCGCACUUAAUUAUAUUUAUGGGCAAAGUGUAUAGAGAAAAAUGCCUUAGACUGGGACCUCUGAGACUUUUUUUCCACAUACAGAUGUUAAACCAUUUGCUGGUUUAAGAUCUUUGAAUAGUAGAGAAAAUAUGUAAAUCAGUGGAAGCAAUCUGAAUGUUAUAUGAUGCUAUGUGCUUGAGUAGUAGGAUAAAAAGAGAUAGGGCUUUUCAAGGGUGAUUUUGUUGGGUAAUAAAACUACUAUUCUUCUUCCUAAAAUGCAUGGGUCACUACGAAAGUUUUGAGACAGACUGUGUUGUGGUCCCUCAUUACACCUCUAAAAAACACAGUUGACAGCGUCCUUUCUGAGUCAUGUGUGCAAGUUCAACUUUCUCAGCUCACCAGUGUUGCUGGGAGGGCUUCAUUUGUUUUCAUCUGCAUGGAUUUUUAUGUUUCUUGAUUUUUGUGUGUCUCAAAACAUUCAUAAUGAUCCACAUAUUUGGCGCUAACACCUUAUAGAGAGUCAUGGACUGUGAUCUAACCAAGUAAGAGUUUAAAAUGUCACCUAUGGCCAUCUAGAAAUCAAUCACUCAUGAUUGUGUGACCAGGGAUUUCUGAGUCCUCCAAAGGUGGCAGGUGGCUGAGAUCAGAAUGACACCAAGUGGAUGGUUGGCGCCCACUCAGCUGUUCCCCAGCGGGCUGUGAAAUGGAGCAGGCCUCCCCCAAGGGGCCUGUGUGCGGAGCCUGCUCACUUUCCUUAGAGUCCACUGAGAUCCCACGGAGGCCCAGUAGCAGGGCUACUGGGAACUCCAUGCCACACAGCUCAGAUCAGAGUUGUGCUGAGCAUUUCACAGGUUUUUUAGACUGGAAGCUUUUGCCCAACAACUCAGUGGCCCGCCUGGUGUUUAUAGCAUCUUCUCUCAGUGCCUGGUGCUCAGCCACCAGCAUUUAUAAUGAAGUUUAAAUGCAGCAGUGAUUUUUUUCAUGUACUAUAUAUCUCUAGAACAUUUUGUUAUAUUGAAAAAAAACUCUUAAAGAGAGUACUAGAAAUCAAGAGAAGUCCAUGAAGUAAAUUCUCUUAGUGUAAAACAAACAUGGCAAGAUCAUCUUAACGUUCACUACUGGCUCCGAUCCAGGCAGCAGGUGGGAAGAAAGCUUUGUUCCGCUCUCCGAUUAAUGUUGCUCACCUCUCUCAGUGAGGCCAGAGCUACCAGCCAAUUGCUCUUAAUCACAGCUAUCUAUUAUUUGUCUUUCAGUGCCACAAAUAAAAGGAAAUAAAAUCAG